AUGGAGUCCCAUAUUGUGGAGAGAAUUGAGAGUCAAAAUCAGAUCCCACAACCUGUGGAGCCUAGCAAAGGAACCUCUUUCUUUAGAACAUGCUUCAAUGGUGUUAAUGCAUUAUCAGGUGUUGGAAUACUAUCAGCACCCUAUGCACUUUCAGAAGGAGGAUGGUUAUGUUUGAUGAUAUUAUUUUUGGUAGCAAUUGUAUGUUGCUACACAGGGUUCCUUCUACAAAGAUGUAUGAGUGUCUCACCAACAAUUAAGACAUAUCCUGAUAUUGGUGAAUUUGCUUUUGGAAAUAAAGGGAGAGUCGUAAUCUCAAUUUUCAUGUAUCUUGAGCUAUACUUAGUUGCAGUUGAGUUCCUCAUAUUAGAAGGUGACAAUUUGCAAAAACUAUUCCCAAAUGCAAAUUUUCAUGUUGGUGGUCUGAAAAUUGUGGGAAGAGAAGUCUUUGUCUUUCUUGUUGCCCUAAUAAUAUUGCCAACAACAUGGUUAAGAAGCUUAGGUUUAUUGGCUUAUGUUUCUGCUGGAGGAGUUUUGGCGUCUAUUAUUUUAGUUGGCGCAGUAUUUUGGGUUGGUGAAGUUGAUGGUGUCGGUUUUCAACAGAAAGGAACACUUUGGAGAUGGAGCGGAUUGACAACUGCAGUAAGUAUGUUCACGUUUUGUUAUUGUGGUCAUGCGGUUUUUCCAACAUUAUGCAAUUCCAUGAAGGAUAGGAGCCAAUUUCCUAAGGUUCUACUCUUGUGCUUUAUACUAAGCACUAUCACUUAUGGAUCAAUGGCAACUAUGGGUUACUUAAUGUAUGGAGAAAAUUUGAUGUCACAAGUGACCUUAAAUCUCCCAACUAGAAAAAUUAGUUCGAAAAUCGCAAUAUACACAACAUUAAUCAAUCCAAUAACUAAGUACGCUCUUGUUGUCUCACCAAUUGCAACAGCCAUUGAAGAUACAUUUCCUUUCCGCAAAAGUAAACCUAUGAGCUACUUCAUCAGAACUGUUUUGGUCAUCAGCACAGUUAUUGUCGCAUUAGCAGUUCCAUUUUUCGGAUAUGUCAUGACGUUUAUAGGCGCAUUUUUGGGCGUUAGUGUGUCUAUAUUGUUCCCAUGCCUCUGCUAUCUCAAGAUCAAGAAGAAUUACCCAAGGAAUUUUGGAAUAGAAGUUAUAUUUAUUGGAGUGAUUUUAAUUUUGGGUACUUGUGUUGCCAUAUCUGGAACUUAUAUUUCAUUGAAAAACAUCAUGAAGCAUGUCCAACAAAAAUGAAUUAUGAUUCAUGUUGUGAACUUCGAAUAAAUUCUAUCCUUUCUUCUUGU